AUGAAAGUGGACGAUAUUUUAUGUCGAGUGUUAUCGGUAGGUAAGGAAGGUGGUGGAUUAACCAAAAAUGUACGCGAAGAUGAUUUACUUGCUUUAUGCAUGAAAGCUCGAGAGAUAUUUCUGACUCAGUCUAUGUUUAUUGAAAUUGAUCCACCAGUUAGAAUUUGUGGCGAUACACACGGUCAAUAUGGUGAUUUAUUACGACUUUUUCAUCGCGGUGGUUUUCCACCACAAUCAAAUUACCUAUUCCUUGGUGAUUAUAUAGAUCGUGGUCCUCAAAAUCUUGAAGUAAUUUGUCUUUUAUUUUGCUACAAAAUAAAAUAUCCGAAUAAUUUUUUCCUGUUACGCGGUAAUCACGAAUGUAAUACGGUUAAUCGAGUGUAUGGAUUUUAUGAUGAAUGCUUACGACGUUACGGCUCAAAUCGUCUUUGGCAAGGAUUUCAGGAUGUAUUUGCUGUUAUGCCUUUAUGUGGCUGUGUUGGUAGUCGAAUAUUAUGCAUGCAUGGAGGUUUAUCACCACAAUUAAAAGAUUUCGAACAGUUACGUAAUAUACCACGUCCAUUGGAACCGGUUAGUCCAUCUCUGGAAAUGGAUUUGCUUUGGGCUGAUCCGGUAGUAGGUAUUCAAGGUUUUGAACCUAAUUUACGCGGUGCAUCGUUUGGUUUUGGUGAGGAUGUUGUCGUUGAUGUUUGCAAAAGGCUGGACAUUGAUAUGAUUGCUCGAGCUCAUCAAGUGGUACAAGAUGGUUAUGAGUUUUUUGGCAAUCGCCGUUUAGUAACCAUUUUUUCGGCACCGCAUUAUUGUGGACAAUUUGAUAACGCGGCUGCAAGCAUGAUCGUUGAUGAAAAUCUUGUCUGUUCAUUUCAGAUUUUACGACCUCAAACUAUACCGGGACAAACACGCCUUGUCAAAACUGUGCGUAACAAAACUGAAAAGCUAUCUUCCGAAUCAUGA